GAAUUGUCAGUCGAAUUUCGAAAAUUCCGAAAUUCUACUAGGGAAUAACUCUUCACAGGAGUACCAAAAUUAAGUUAGUACCUCGAUACAAAUCGUAAAACGCCAGAACAGGAAAAGAUGCCCGUAAGCGUCUUCGCUAUCUCGAUGGAGCUCGGUCUUCGAUAUAUCGGCAUGUGGCCGGCUGCGCCGUGCGCGUGGUUCUGCCGCUGUGUUUGGAUACUAACCAUCAUCAUAGUGCAGACUUGCCAAUAUUGGUAUCUUAUUCUUCACUUCAGGACCCAAACUCUGUCGGACCUGAUGGACUGUAUGAGUGUCGCUUUGGAGUACACCGCGAUGUUCACGAAACUCACUAUUUUAUGGUUCAAUACUCGUAUAUUUAAUGAUGUCCUAGCUACGAUAGCUACGGAUUGGAGGGAGGCCGCGGUCAACGACGUGCAGAUUAUGACGGGCAAGGCCACUCUGUCGCGGCAUUUCACCAACAUGAUCAUUGGGCUCCAUUCGGUAGCGGCCUUUACCUACGCCAUAGGCGUUCUGGUGCAGGCCAGCCAGAACGACGACGUCGACGCGAACGGCGUGCCGAUUCGCGAGUUCACGUUGAAGCUGCAGCUGCCGUUCGAGUGUAACCAGUCGCCGUUGUACGAGGUCGUUCAAUGCCUGGAGUUUCUGCAUCAGUUGUCGGCUUCCUUCGUGACCGGCAUGUUGAACUCGUUGGUCAUCACAUUCGUUCUUCACGUGUGCGGCCAAAUAGACAUUCUGUGUGACGCGUUGGGGCACUUCUCCCCCGACAAGUACAACCAACAAGAACGUCUGGUGUCCGUCGUCGCGGGCGAACUGGUCCUCAGGCAUCAGAAGAUCAUCGCCUUCUCUGACAAGAUUGAGAAAAUCUUCUGUUACAUCGCGUUGAUGCAAUUCAUAUCGAGCACGUUGGUUAUCUGCUGCUUGGGGUAUAUGAUGGUGACAUCGAUCAGCAACGUGCAAGACUCCGAGUCGAUCGACAGUCCGGUGCUGAUGAAAGCUAUAUUGUUUUACAUGGCCGCCACGUCGGAGGCGUUUAUCUUCUGCUUUUGCGGAGAAUACCUCAGCGCCAAGAGCAAAAUGAUCGGCGACGCGGCGUACAAGUCACUCUGGUACUUGAAGUCCGACCAGAACAAAUUCAUCCUGCUCAUAAUAUUAAGGUCACAGAGGAGGCUUACCAUCACGGCCGGGAAGAUGAUGGAUCUGUCGUUGGAGGAAUUCACGACCGUAAGAUUCCAGUAUUCCACGAUGAUCCGUCACGCCGACUUAUCCCGCCAAUGCUCCAACGUGAUGAUCACGACAAACGCGUUGGCAGUGUUCUUCUAUACGAUCGGCGGCCCAAUACUCCGGUCGAUGAUCAACAAAAACGACCACGAAAUUGCCACUCGCGAAUUACCCCUUAAGAUGGAAUUUCCCUUCGAUGUUUACAAGUCCCCGGUUUUCGAGGUGGUACGGAUCGCCCAGCUGCUUCAUGAUCUCUCGGUGGCGUGCAUCGUCGCUAUGUUAAACGCUCUCAUUGUCACGUUGGUGCUACACGUGAGUGGCCAAAUCGAUAUCGUGCGGCGAGGCUUGUUAGAAAUUUCCUCUGACAAGCGCGCAUCCAAAUCACCUUUGACUGCUAUCAAGUUGCUAGUCAGUAGGCAUCAAAGGAUUAUCGACUUGUCGGACAAUAUCGAGGAUCUCUUCUCGAACAUUGCGUUGCUGCAAUUCGUGUGGAAUACCUUGGUCAUCUGCUGCAUAGGUUUUUUGAUCGUGAUUUCUAUCGGCACGGAGGAAGGCGCCACGGUGAUAACCAAGUCUCUGAUCUUUUACGUCGCGAUAACUCUCGAGGCGUUCGUAUUCUGCUACGCCGGAGAGCAUCUCAGCGCUAAGAGCAAGUCCAUCAGUGACGCCGCGUACGAGUCUCUCUGGUACGAUCUGACACCUAGCGAGUGUCGGAUCUUGCUCUUCCUCAUAUUACGCUCGCAGAAGCGACUGACCAUCACUGCGGGCAAGAUGACCGAUCUGUCCCUAGAAGGUUUCACCAUCGAAAUCGGCUUGCGUUUCGUCGGCAUGUGGCCGAACUCGGAGUACUCAACUCUCUAUUGGUUAAUCUACAUGACAACAAUAGUGAUAGUGCAGUAUUAUCAGUACGCGUACGUCCUCACGCACUUCGACCUGAGCGAUAUCUCGCUCCUCAUGGACUGCCUCGGCCUUACCUUGGCGUACACUCUUGCCGGCCUAAAGCUUCUUGUUCUUUGGUGGAAUCGCCGAAUAUUCUACUACAUCCUGGCGGCGAUGGACCGUGAUUGGAAAGAAUGUUUAAUCAGCAACUCGUAUACGUCCACGAUGAUGAGCAUGGCGGAUCUGUCGCAUCGUUGUUCCAACGUGAUGAUUAGUAUAAAUGCCUUGGCCGCGUUUUUCCUCUCGAUCGGCGAGCAUAUGAUCCACACGAUGGCCACCAAUCGAGCCGAGAAUGUAACAUCGCGAGAGCUCCCUAUUAAAAUGGAGUUUCCCUUCGAGGUCAGCAGAUCGCCGAUUUUCGAGUGCUUCUUAGUCGGACAGUUCCUGUACGAAUUGCUGACAGCUUCUGUGGUCGGUAUGGUGAAUGCUUUACUCGUGUCUUUGAUACUUCACGUGAGCGGUCAGAUCGAUAUUAUGCGACAAGACUUGGCCGAAAUUUCCGUCGGCAAAUAUGACUCCAACACGUCGUUGGUCGUCAUUAAAAGUCUGAUUUACAGGCAUCAGAAGAUCAUCACUCUGUCGGAGAACAUCGAAAACUUGUUUUCUUAUAUCGCGCUGAUGCAGCUGCUGUGGAAUACCUUGGUUAUCUGUUGUACCGGUUUUGUGAUCAUAAUCACUAUCGGUACCGACGUGAGUAUGACGACUUUGUUCAAAUCCGUGAGUUUUUAUUUCGCGAUAACUCUUGAAGCUUUCAUAUUCUGUUUCGCCGGAGAAUUCUUGAGCGCUAAGGUUUGUAAAACGACGGUUCCUCGUACAUGACAGAUACUCGUCGUGAUUGUCCGUCAUUUUCUGCUUAACCCUUUAUAGGGCACUGGUACAUAAGUCGUACCAGCAGCACAGAAUUGGCCAAGAGAAUCAGGAGUGGUUCUAAACGCUUUCUCUGAGUGGUCGCUGGCACAACAGUUAUAUCGGUUGAGAUCUUAUAACAAAUUUUUUUCAGUCUUAAAUAUGAUAUUAAAAUAUCUCCAAGGACUAUUUUAAUGAAGUUCAAAAGAAAAAAACUCAUUUAUCAUAUCUAAGGAGUCUUGUCUUAUAAAGGGUUAAAUUGCGUCAUAUGUCGUUCACAUAGUUUGUACAGAGAAUUGCGUAUAUACCUAACCAUUCCCGUGUCCUAAUCGAGAGUUAAUAAGAUUUUUUGUCUAAUGCAUUUCUAAAUAGUCAAGGGUCGUGACUGUUGAUUAUUUAAAAAAACUGCAACGAUGUCAAGCAGCUGUAACAUUUGGACAGCUAGAUGUUUAGUUUGUGUUUAUAAUUAUAUGGUUAUUCGUUCACGCGUAAUUGUGAUAUUAUUAGUGACAACAUGAUUAUUAACUAUGGAUAACGAUAAAAGCACUAGGGUGGCUGUCUUACAGCUCUUGAACAUCAAGCUGUCAUAGCUUGACAUCGUUGCAGUUUCUUCUAAUAAUCAACAGUCACGACCCUUGACUAGAAACGAACGCGAGGUCGAAAAUUCUUAAUAACUCUCGAUUAGGACAUGGCUAGGCAUAUAUGCAAACCCCUGUACUUCUCUUUGACACACCAAUAAGUUUCGCAGUCAUGAUUCAUGCUGCACAUACAUAUCAUUCACUGAGAAAAAGAUACUAUAAAUCUUCUCUUUGUGGGAUAUAAAGUUUACUUCUGUAAAACAAGGUUUAUUUUCGCCAAAUAAGGUUCAUUUCCGUGAGUAAACUUUGUAUGUAUUCCAUAAAGAAAUUUUCAAAUAUUCUUCUCUCAAUGUUGAAAUCAUUACAUCAGGAGCUCGAGCGAAAUCACUGUAAAUUUAUUGGUCGAAAUUACAUGUCAAUUUAAAGCAUGCUCAUCUCGAAUGAAACUGUCGAUCCCGUCGUCGUUAUUCGCGCGUUUCAGACCACAUUCGUUCUGUUUUCAGAGCAAAUCGAUCGGCGACGCGGUGUAUGAGUCGCUCUGGUACGACAUGCCGCCGACCGAUGGCCGUAUUUUACUGUUCGUCAUAUUGAGAUCGCAAAAACGGCUGACGAUCACCGCGGGCAAAGUUGUCGAUUUGACUCUGGAAGGAUUUACGAGCAUCAUGAAGGCCUCUGCCUCCUAUGUGUCGGUACUGAACGCGAUGUAUUAACGUCGGUAUGACUUCACCGUAUGUGUGCGUAUUCACCACCAUUGACUUAACCACGACAAUUCGAUCGGACAGUUAUCUUCGCCGGCUGAAUGGAAUUGCACGAGUUACGAGACGUCAAAUUGUUUUGCGGUGUGAAUUAUUCCUUAUCAUUUCAACAAAGAGCCAUCCUUCGUUUGUGGUAAUAACCAAUUCACCCCGGUAUAUUCUCCGUUAAAUGUAAAUGUCUCUUUCUCCCUGCUCCGGCUCGUCUGUACGCUUUUAUUUUGCAGAUCUAAGGGAGAACAAGUGCCAG